GGAAAUAUAUAAAAUCAGAAAAAGAUCUCUUGAGAAUUCGAAAGCACAAAUGCAAAGCCAUCAGAAUCGAAGCAGGCUGAGCUUAAUUCUACGGUCUAGAUUCAUCCCUUCCUUCUCUUCACCACUCUCCCUCUUCGUCGUCCUCGCUGCCGUUCCUUUUCCGAUCUACUUUUCCGGUCUACUCUCCGGCAGAAACAACAAGCCGCUUUCAGUUAUGAGAUUCAACUCCAACUUAGCUUCUUCAAUGGUGGAAUCGAAUAUUUCUUGUACCACUUUCAAUAUCUUGGCUCCGAUUUAUAAACGCGUUGAUCAAAAGAAUCAUAGCAUUCGAGAGAGCGAUUCUCGCUCGCUUUGGUUAGCUCGUAACCAGAGGAUUUUAGAUUUACUAAUCCAUCAACGUUCUUCAGUUAUCUGUCUCCAGGAAGUUUGGGUUGGGAAUGAGGAAUUAGUGAACAUGUACCACGACCAGCUUGGCACUUCAGGCUACACUAUUUUUCAGUUGGCUAGAACAAACAGUCGUGGUGAUGGUCUUUUAACAGCCAUUCAUAAGGACCACUUCAAAGUUGUAAAUUACCGGGAGCUGCUCUUUAACGAUUUUGGAGACCGUGUUGCUCAGCUCUUACAUGUCAAAACAGUUAUUCCCUUUCCGCUUAAUGGGAAGCAAGAUGUUCAACAAGAAGUCAUUAUAGUGAACACUCACCUGUUGUUUCCUCACGAUUCUAGUUUGUCUAUUGUAAGACUUCAUCAGGUUUACAAAAUUCUUGAAUAUCUGGAAGCUUACCAAAAGGAAAAUAAUCUUAAUCACAUGCCCAUUAUUCUCUGCGGUGACUGGAAUGGAAGCAAACGCGGGCAUGUCUACAAAUUCUUGAGAUCUCAAGGGUUCAUAUCAUCAUACGAUGAUGCUCACCAGUAUACCGACAGUGAUGCUCAUAGGUGGGUUAGCCACAGAAACCACAGGGGAAAUAUAUGCGGAGUUGAUUUCAUAUGGCUCUGUAACCCUAGCGAUUCAAGAAAACCAUUGAGAACAAGUUGGGUGGAAGCUGUUUUCAGCAUUAUCAAGUAUCAACUCCACAAAGCUUCCAUAGCCGAGGACGAUGUCUUUGCUUUUCUUGGGGCGAAUAAUCACAGUGAUUCACUCACCUACUCUGACUUUUGCCUAGCACUUCAAAAGGUAAAUCUUACGGGUAUUCCACAUGGACUUAGCUUCGAAGAGACAAAAGAGCUAUGGGUUCGAGCUGAUCUUGAUGGAAAUGGUGUCUUCGACUAUGAAGAACUUAAGAAAAUUUGGAACAUGACGAUGGUAAAUCAACCUGGAAACUGCAAAGAGAGUGUGAUGGAGAGUAAGAAAGAAGAAGGAGAAGAUGAAGCAAUCGGAUUGAAAGUGAAUAAAGCUGUAUUGUAUCCGCAAGAAGCAGAGAAAGGAUUGUGGCCGGAGAAUUACAAUCUAUCCGAUCAUGCUUGUCUCACCGUACAAUUCUCGCCGGUCAAAAUGCUAUGCAGCUAAGUUUUGUUUAUUAUGGCUCUUGUACAUGUAAAGAAGCAAUGAGAUUGAGAGUUGCAAUGAGAAGUUUACUAUACCUUUGUAUUUUGUAUAGUUUUGUAAUUGCAACACUGUUUCUGAUAGAAUUAAAGAUUUUGUUUUCUU